CUCAACGCACACAUACACCACAUUCACAAUACAAUACUAUAGUACAUCAUAGCAUCCACUUGUGUUGUGUUUGUGUUGUUGCCAAUACUCAUCAUUCACACCUCAUCAUCUCCAACACUCUUUGUCUUUGUUUCUCUCUUAAACUUCUUCUUCUCUCUAAGGCUAUAACCAACAAUAACAAGUAACAGCUAAGACAUGGAGAAUCUUCCACAAGGUUACCGUCCUAACGUUGGUGUCUGUCUCAUCAAUUCAGAUGAUCAGAUAUUUGUGGCUUCUAGAUUGAAUGUUCCAGGAGCAUGGCAAAUGCCUCAGGGAGGUAUUGAAGAUGGUGAAGAGCCCAAAUCUGCUGCUAUUAGAGAACUUCGAGAAGAAACUGGAAUCGUGUCUGCUGAGAUAAUCGCUGAGGUUGAUAAAUGGUUGACAUACGACUUCCCACCUGCUGUGAAGGCUAAAGUCAAUCGUCUUUGGGGAGGGGAAUGGCAUGGACAGGCACAGAAAUGGUUUCUCAUGAAAUUAAAAAAAGAUGACGGUGAAAUCAACUUAGCUACCGGUGAAGCAGACCCAGAAUUUGCAGAGUGGAAAUGGGCAAGCCCUGAAGAAGUUAUUGAGCAGGCAGUGGACUACAAGAGACCUACCUAUGAAGAAGUUGUAACAACCUUCAAGCCUUACUUUCAAGGAAAUGCAAUAUCUGCGAAAUGUAAAUCGACAAAGUGGUGAAUUUUAUGAGUGUGCAUUGUAGUUUAAUCCAUUUUCUUAUCUAAUUUCACUUGGAUUUUGAUUUGCCGCAGCCACAAAUGUCACACAUUCACACACAUCAGUCACCUUUGGAUCAAAAUCGGACAACUCAAAUUUCAAGCUCUUUUUAAAAAAAUCAAAAUCUGCUUGCUUUCUGCACCGUCCGAUUUCGAUCCAACACGUGCUGACUGCGCGAGCGUAUGGAUCUGUGACUGUAGCAAAUCCAAAUCCAUUUCACUUACUGAGGUUGGAUAUAACACUCAACUAUUUGUAAAUGGAUGGUAGUUAGAACUUUCCAUUAGGUACUUGCUUCUUGUAAUAAUAAGAUGUGUGCAAAUGCCAAAUUUAUUUUCUAAACCGGGCUGCAAGGAUGAUUUUGAAUGUGUGUAUAGAUCUGUUGAUGUCGCGGAAUAGUGAUAAUGACUUGAUACCUGA